AUGGACGAAACGAGCCCCCUGGUGUCCCCGGAGCGGGCCCACCCCCCGGACUACACGUUCCCGUCGGGCCCGGGCCCUGGCGCUCACUUCCCUCAGGUGCCGGGGGCCGUGGUGCGGGUGGUACCGCCGUCCGGCCUGGGGCCGUCGCCUCCGGGCUCCCCGGGCCGGGACCGGGAGCGGCAGCCUCUGCUGGAGCGGUGCCCUGGCGGGGCGCGGGCCGCGGCGGUCCAGGCGCAGGCCCAGGCUGUGGCGGCCCAAGCUCAGGCCCUGGCGGCCCAGGCCCACGCGGCGGCGCAGGCGGCGCAGGCCCAGCGGGAGCGGAACGAGUUUCCGGACGACCCCGAGUUCGCCGAAGUGGUGCGGCUGGCCGAGCUGGCGAGCGAGCGCGGCAUCUACCCCGAGCGCAUCUACCAGGGCUCCAGCGGUAGCUACUUCGUCAAGGACCCCCAGGGGAAAAUCAUUGGUGUCUUCAAACCCAAGAAUGAAGAGCCAUAUGGACACCUUAACCCCAAGUGGACCAAAUGGUUACAGAAGUUGUGCUGUCCCUGCUGCUUUGGCCGUGAUUGUCUUGUCCUCAAUCAGGGUUAUCUCUCAGAGGCAGGAGCCAGUUUGGUGGACCAAAAACUGGAACUCAAUAUUGUACCCCGUACCAAGGUAGUAUACCUGGCCAGUGAGACCUUCAACUACAGUGCCAUUGACCGAGUGAAGUCCAGGGGGAAGCGACUCGCCUUAGAGAAAGUGCCAAAAGUCGGGCAGCGGUUUAACCGCAUCGGGCUGCCACCCAAGGUUGGUUCAUUCCAGCUCUUUGUUGAGGGCUACAAGGAUGCUGACUAUUGGCUGCGACGAUUUGAAGCAGAUUCACUGCCUGAGAACACUAAUCGUCAGCUGCUAUUGCAGUUUGAGCGGUUGGUGGUACUAGAUUACAUCAUCCGAAACACUGAUAGAGGCAAUGACAAUUGGCUGAUUAAAUAUGAUUGUCCGAUGGAUAAUUCCAGCUACCGGGACACAGACUGGGUGGUGGUGAAGGAGCCUAUUAUCAAACUGGCUGCCAUAGACAAUGGACUGGCUUUCCCUCUGAAGCAUCCUGACUCCUGGAGAGCAUAUCCUUUUUAUUGGGCUUGGUUGCCCCAAGCCAAAAUUCCAUUUUCCCAGGAAAUCAAAGACCUGAUUCUUCCAAAGAUAUCUGACCCUAACUUCAUCAAGGACCUGGAAGAGGACCUGUAUGAGCUCUUCAAGAAAGAUCCUGGCUUUGACAGGGGUCAAUUUCACAAGCAAAUUGCUGUUAUGCGGGGACAGAUCUUGAAUCUAACUCAGGCCCUGAAAGACAAUAAGAGCCCCCUCCACCUAGUCCAGAUGCCACCUGUGAUUGUGGAGACAGCCCGGUCCCACCAGCGGUCUGCCAGCGAGUCUUACACACAGAGCUUUCAGAGUCGGAAACCCUUCUUCUCCUGGUGGUAGCCCUGCAGGCACUUAGGUGCUGUCUCAGACUUGGGGACUGGGAGGGAGCCUGGGGUGCAGCUUUUGAGAUAAGCCAGCGAAGCAGGUGGAAUCAUAUACUUGAGAGCCCUUCCCCUCUCGUAGAGCCAAAGAGCUUUGCAAAAUAGGGGGAGAACCACCACCAGACAUACUGGGGCAGUCUUAGGCCCUGGUAUUGCCUUUUACAUUCUGGGUAAGGUCAGAAUUCUACAGGAGAAUGGGAGAGGCACUAGGGAAGGAGCACCUGAUUUAAUUUUUUGCCCAGCUGCAGGUUUUGAAAUGCACCAUUGCAGACACCUUACUCUAUUGCAGUACCCUAUCACUUGUUAUAUUUUGCAUCAGGAAACAAAUCCACAAACUCUUAGCAGCAAAAUCCUGGUAGAAUAUUAUCCCUUAAAAACAUCACAACAAUGAUACCAGUUCAGAAAUGACCUUAUAUGAAUUCAGGAGACUAGGCGCCCUGUGUGCUUUUGCCCCAUGUCCAUGGGGGUGAGAGAUUGUGUGCCAGUGCACCAAAGUGGAUAAUACUCUGAUUGAGACCUUGAGCUGAAAAUUUAUACCUUUCAUUUUAAUUUUUGCUUGGUCUUCUCUUUUCCACCAGACCCCACUAGAAAGCCCCCUCUGCUCCCUUUCCAUCUCACCAGUGGGAUAAAAUCUGCUUCCAGAUCUACUGACAAAUUUGUGCUUUUACUUUUACAAAGUCUAUUUUAACUCUAGUCUCUUCAGCAGCUUUGUCCAAGCUCAUAUAAGCCCUGCUAGCACUUAGCUCCUGCUCAGGCUUGCUGUGCAGUUGUGACUCAAGCAGAGGCCAUCAAUGGUUAGACCUUGCCCUUUGAAUCAGGAGGCACAUUCCCAGCAUGCGGCUUUCCACAUGGCCUCAUGUGCUUUCUGGGAGCUAUAGUUGACUUGCCUGUGUGGCCUGCUCAAACUUCAUGGUCCUUGCUUUGACUGGUCUGUCACCUUCUCCAUACUUCUGUCUCAUCCCCUUUCCCAAGUGUUUGGCCCCAGCAACUAGGCUUCCCUUCCCUCUGUGAGCUUCAGUCUCAGUCCAAAUUUGUUCUUAGACUUUUAAGUUCUUUCCCAGCUCUUUUCUCAGAGGAAUCCUUGAGAAAUCUUUAUAUCCUGCCAUUUGCCUCACUUCACCUGCAUUUCAUGCUUGGCCUUGGCUGUUAGCAGCAUACAAGCUUAAGUUCCUCUUUUUACAGGCUGCUAGUGCCUGGCCCACCCCACUGUCCUGCUUCUGUUGUCCCCUCCUGAGGGAGAAGGUAUGAAGGUACAAGAAACAAAAUAUGAAUUUUAUUUUAAUUCUUCAUUGUUUUCAUUAUAUGAUGUGCUUUUCAGGGUGAGAAGAUGGGAAGUCAGUGUUGGUAACAUUUUUGCCUUCCAUUUCUUUCCCUCUAUUAAGCAGUUCUCCCCAUGCUUUUUAAGUAAGCAGGCCCCAAAGGAAGGAGUCCUUUACUGCCUACCCCAAUUCCCCCAUCCUGCUGCUUGCAGCAGUCUGCCUUCAUGUGGUCAUUUCCCCAACUUCAGCCCCUGCCCAGGCCUAGAUUCCCUUUCAGGCAAAGGCUCUUUGAUGGUGGAGUAGAGUGGAGUAGAGAUAACCAUGCACCAGUUUACUUUUUUUUCUUUCUGAGGAUGGCACACCAUACUACUAGAACUAUGGGGCUUCGGUACCCUCCCUGUGACGAAUGGCUGAAUUAGCCUGGCAAAGAAACUAUCUUGAUGGUUUAACCAGUAACCAAAGAAGAGAGUGCUUUCAGCCUGUCCAGUUUCUUCUUCCUCAGAGGCAAGGCAGUGGUGGAGAUCACCUUUCUUCUCCUUGGCUUUUGUGUUCUAGGAAGGACAAACCUGCCAUAGGAUUUUUGCUCUCUAUUAGGAAGAGUACGUAAGUCCACUCUGCAUGACCCCAAGGACAGGGACAACCUAGCUCUCUAGCACUGACAAUCCCAAUCAGCGAUCCUGUCCUGAUUCUCAGGCAGGAUGACAUGCAUUUGAAAAUAAGUGACCUACACUGCAGAGGCAGGUGAUUCCCAUAGAGACUAGAGGUCUCUAUUACUGACUUGCCCAAUUCUGUGGAAACUAGAACCAAGCUCCAAACUCCCUACAAGUACAAAGGCCUUUUGGAGGAAAGUGAGCUUUGCUUAUAGUGUGUAUAUGUUUAUAGAUACACAUAUAUAUGUAAAGUUCCCUCCCCACCCACAUCUGCUCUUCCCCGCAACCCCCAAGGAUGGGGAGAGCCUUUGAAGUUUUAAGAUAGGGAUGGUUAAAUCCUUACAUUGUUUCUCCUGUUUAAGAUUAGCAGAGGAUCAGAAGGAAAGUGAGCCUUGGGAAGGAGUUAGUUCCUGUCCCCUAGCAGUGAUAUGAAUGUAGGGUCUCUUUUCCCAGCCCCUAGUGAUUAUAAGUCUUGGAGGCCGAAUUCAGGUUGCUCUGAAUAGACUGGAAGGAACCAGAGAUAAAGCAGGAGACUUCUGAAUAGCAUGGAGCAAACUCACUCUUUUUUGCUGUCAGGGGGCUUCCCCAUCCCAGCACUGAGGAAAGAAAUGGAGUCCUGGUUACUGUGAUUGCUGCUGCCCCCAUGUAUUGUUCUAAUGCACUGUAGAAACUGUAUGUAAUGUAUUUAUAACAAUGCAAAUGUACAAAUAACAUGAAUUCAAUUCCA